AUGGAGGUUGCCGAGAGCCCAGUCGUUGGGUUUUUGCAUCCACCCUCCACCGCCGAAAGCAUGAAACCGAAGAAGAAGAACAAGUCCCACAAGGACCAAAAAUCCGACGAACCCCUCGAAGCUGCUCACACCAACGGAACCAUGUCAUCGCCUCCUCCCGAGGAUGACGAGUCACGACCCUCAAAGCGCAAGCGCGACUCCGAGUCCGGGCAUAAGAAGAAUAAUAAGAAGAAGCGCCGCGAAGCCGAGGACGACGCGCACGGGGAAUUAGACCCUCACGAGCAAAGUCAUAUGUUCGACCAAGAAGAAAACGGAGAGGAUACAGCUGAUGUCAACAUGGAAGUCGACAACACACCUUCGAAGGAUACUCGAGAGCCAGGCCACACUGCAUCUGGAGUGGCCCCAUUGCAUGAAGGCUCCCAAGAUCCUGGUACACCUAGUGAGGCCCGACUGAAAAGGACGCGGGGUAGUCGUAUCGGCGCCAAGAGUCAUCUGAAAGUUGGCUUCUUCGUCGAAGAAGAAGUCAAAGCUCUGGAAGAAUUCAAAAUCCAGUUCUGCAACACCCAUGGUAUUGCAGGCCGUACAUUUGAUGCAAUGGUCCAGCACUCCGAGCGUGGCGGCGAAGAAUGGCCCGUUCAGACCCACAUCUGCAACAAGGGCGAAUUCUGGAACGAUGUUUAUUCAUUGAUUCCUGACCGAGACCGCCGGUCCGUUUACCGGUUCAUGCGUCGACACUUCCAGGAUACGACGCAAAAGGCUCACGACUGGACUCUUGAGCAGGAUGAGGAGCUCAUCAAGCUACAUGCGCAACAUGGGCCCAAGUACGCGCUCAUUGCCAAACUUCUCGGCCGUAGCGAUGAUGAUGUGACCCAGCGAUGGAAGAACCGCCUUCAGCAUCGAGCCACGAAGAAGACUGGCGCAUGGAGUGAAGAUGAGCUACGCGCAUUCAUGAGAUCAUUGGAAGAGUACCGAAACCUACUGAUUACAUCUUCGGCGGAACCCCAAAAAGCAGGCAAGGACAUUUGGGAUAUGGAUCUUAAAUCCAUCUCAUGGGGCUCAAUCAGCAAUGGGAUGGAUAAUUCUCGCACUCGUCAGCAAUGCGCAGAUAAAUGGCGAAAGAUCCAGAAGAACGUCGCGCACGUGCGUCAGACUCUCGACCCCGACGCUGUCUUUGACCCCGCGGACGCAGUUAAAAGGUAUCACCGCUGGAACCGCGGCCCUGCAGGAGAAAAGAGCAAGACAUAUGUGGAAGACGAUGAUGAUGACGAGGCUGACGAAAGCGACGAGUCCCGCAUCCCCAGUACCACACCAGCUAUCAUCCCCAAGCUCGAGUUCGCCGCCGAGCAGCAGAUGGAUUUGGCCCGAGUUGCCAAAGAAGGCUCAGUCGAUUCCUCGCCCGCACAGAAUCGCAACGGUGUCGACAAUGAGGACUCUGACGAUGGCGAAGACGAGAUGCCCUCUUCGCCCCUCUCAGAUCAUUCUCGCAGUGAAGUGAAGAAAUUGCGAGAUGAAAAGAAAGAGAGGAGGCGCCGAAGGAAAGAGAAGAAGGAGCGGAGGAGACAAGAGGCUGCUGCCGUUGACGAGUCUGCCGAGGAGGUCGAAGACCCUUCAACCCCGAAGGAGAAAAGGCACAAAGACAAGAAGCAUCGCAAGUCCGAGGCUAGUGGGAGUGACAUGCACGAUGUCGAACCGGUCGAGUCUUCAAAAAGAAGAGUAAGAAGGACAAGAAGAACAAGAAGGCCGCGCAGGAAUAAGAUGUCGCUGCCGAUCGACAUGAGCUAG